AUGGCUAGUACACUCCCCCCCCAAACAUGGGAAGCAGGGUACGCCCGUCCGGCAGAUCAAGCCUCGUGGGAAGCCGAGACCAACUAUGUAGCCGAAUCUGGAGAGCGGGCCCAUUGGAUGCUGCCCGUGCACACGGAGCCGCCUACUUCGACUAUUGGGAAUGGGCUCGGGCUAACUCAUCUUCGGACUUGGCCGAGUAUCUAUGAUGGCACGGCGACGGGGAAGCCAGAAUGGUUCAAGCCUUCGAAAGAAGUCGAUGUGCUGAUUUGCGGAGCUGGUCCGUUUGGCCUGGAGCUCGGACUGAUACUAGCCCGCCAGGGAAUUAGUUUCCGCAUUGUUGACAAAGCAAAUGCGCCCUGUCUCUCAGGCCGAGCGGAUGGGGUUCAUCCCCGAGCCCUCGAGCAACUACACGCCUGGGGUCUUGCCCACGAGGUUUCCGAAGAAGGGCCCAUCCUGAACUCGACGGUGCUCUUCCGCAACGGCGUUAAGCUGUUCCAUGGGUUCAGCUCGACGUGCGACUCCCGGUACAAGGGGAUCCAUAUCAUCACACAGGGUCAGAUGGAGCGCAUCUAUAUCCGCGAUCUCCUGCGGCACCAGAUCGUCGUGGAACGUGGUACGACAGUGCAACAUUUCAACGUGCAGUCAACAUCGCAGGACCAUCCAGUGCGAGCGACGUUGAAAAAUGUGGCCACCGGCGAAGAGGAAGUAGUCCGCGCCCGGUAUCUCAUCGGUGCGGACGGCGCGGCCAGUAGCAUCCGCGAGCAAUUAGGCGUGGAAUUCGAUGGCAUUACGACGGAUAUCUACUGGGCCAUCAUGGACUGCCGCUUCAAGACAGACUAUCCGCAUAUUCUUGGAUUUAAUAUCAUCAUUAGUGCGGAGCAUGGCGGAUCCAUUGUGAUUCCGCGGGAGGACGGGUACACCAGAUUCUACACGCAGAUCAAUGGCGAGAAAGCCCGCAAGCUCCAGGCCAACCGACAGGCGCGUCGCAAUGCCUCAACGGUUGGCGAGACACGCAUUGAUGACCAUGGCAUCACGCCCGACGAGGUCCUGGAGCAGCUCAACAAGAUCAUUGCGCCGCACAAGGUCGAGUUUGCAUCGCCAAUGAGCUGGUUUUCUGUCUGGAGAGUGAGUGAACGAGUCGCACGUCACUUCUCCUCCCCUGAUCUCCGAGUGCAUCUCGGCGGCGACGCCGCUGUGCUGGGCGCUUUCGGGCUCAACUCCUCCAUCUACGACGCCGCCAACCUCGGCUGGAAACUGGGCCUCGUCCUCCGCAAGCACGCGGAGCCUUCUAUUCUCACCACUUACGACAAGGAGCGUCGCCUGUUUGCCAACCGGGUCAUCCGAUGCUCCGGCGCCUACCUCCGCUUCAUCUGCAACUCCUCUCUUCCGCUCGCUGCGCUGCGAGAUCUUGGCGAACAUCUCGAAUCACACGAUGAGAAUCUGCCGCUUCUAGAUGGGAGUACCGAGGCGGACCGGGAAUUUCUCUAUACGUUCUUCAAGCGGCAUGCGAUGUUCCUGUUGGGCGUGGAGUGGCCCAUUGUGAACUCUGCGAUCUGUCCGGCUGACACCAAGGUACGUGCCUCGUCUCUACGGAAUGGGGUCCGCGCACCAAAUCCGCGUGUCUGUCUGGCGACAGACUACACCGCAUAUUUGUACGAUAAAAUGAUGGGCGUUGGGCGAUUCCAUCUCCUGCUAUUUGGAUCAGACCUGCAGGGUCCCGUGCGGCAGCGUUUGGCCGUUUUGGCUGGUGAACUUCGCAAGAGAGAAGGGUUCUACGAGCGAUUUGGAGGCCGGGAGAUGUUCAACCUCAUUCUUGUGGUGAAGACGCUGUCACACCAGACCGCGGAACUCCUAGAGGGUGAUUUAGCGCCCCUCAAAGACCAUGCAACGACUGUCUACGACGAUCGCGCACCCGACGAUGAUGCGCACUACUGGUAUGGGGUCAACCAUGCGCGGGGCGCACUGGUGGUAGUGCGCCCUGACUUGGCGGUUGGAGUGAGUGUCUGGCCAGAGGAGAUCGGCAAGCUGAACAAGUAUUUUGCGUCUUUCUUGUUGGAAUGCGAAGAGACUUUACCGACGAAGAAGAGCUUGCUGGCUCGGUUGUGGGAUGCUUUGUGA